AUACCACUGAGGUGCUUAUAAGCGCAUUUUACACACUGGAAAUUCACUGUACCCGGAAGAUACCCAAUCCAGCGCACUUCGGGACUGAGUGUAUUCGCAGUACAGGAUUAACUGAAAAUGAUUUGCAUGCACGCUGUCAUUGUGUUCCUGUGUCUUUGUCCAGUCCACGCUGCAUUUGGGCAGGACUGUCCCAGCAGGCAGGACAUGCAGAGCUCCCUAAAGCAGGUCCAGAAGCUGCUGUCGACCCACGAGGCUGCAUAUCUUCAGAGCCUCCGCACCCUGAGGAAGAAACUCAACUUGCUACAGAACACAGCCACCAAACAGACUGGCAAAGUAAACAAUGAUACCUGUCUAAAGCUGGACACGCCUGCCAACAGCAGGAAGUUGGGAAAGGCGCAGAACCCAGGUCACGAGGUUCACUUCCUGUGUGAUGCGGGUUAUGAGUUGGUGGGAGCAGAGAGCAGGAUGUGUCAGGAGAGCCUCACCUGGAGCGGCCAGCAGCCCACCUGCCGCAACAUAAAUGAGUGUGCCUCGUCUCCCUGUCUGAACGGGGGGACGUGUGUGGACGAGGUGAACCAAUUCUCCUGCACGUGUACCAAAGGCUGGGCCGGAGCCACCUGCCAGAGCCCUGUGCCAACAUUCUUUGUCACCAUGACGAACACCUCGUCUGCCACCUCCUCUGCGGCUGCUGCCAUCUCUCCCCCGGCUGUGACUGUUGGUCCGUUUUUCCGUUCAUCUCACUGUACGCAUGUCCAGGGCACCACCCACUGCACCUGUGACGCCGGAUACACCAUCUCUGGGCGUGACAGCACCACUUGCAAAGACAUUGAUGAGUGUGAGUUGUUCCACAUGGGUCAGGCUGGCCGGCUGUGUUUACAUGCCUGUGUUAACACCCCUGGAGGCUACCGCUGUACCUGUCCUGCUGGAUACAAUGUCAGCCGUGAUGGACGCAACUGCAAAGACAUAGAUGAGUGUGCCACCAGACUGAAUAACUGCACCUGGGAGCAGAUGUGUAUAAACACCUACGGAGGGUUCCAGUGUGUACGUGUGGACUGCCCCCGCAUACGAAACGCCACCUACAGCAAAACCUCACCCCUGCGUUGUGAGCGUAACCCCUGCUCUGUGGACAACAAGGUGUGCUCUCAGGCCCCUAACUCCAUCUCCCACCACUACCUGUCUGUCGUAUCCAACCUGUCGGCACCACGCACCAUGUUCCGUGUGUCGGCCCUCCGCCUCAUCGGCGACACGCUGCGUUUCUCCCUGCUGGGCCGCGGGCAGGCCCGACGGCACUUCACGGUGCAGCGGUCGGACCGCCAGACAGGCCAGCUGGUGCUGGGGAGCCCGGUGCAAGGACCUGCUACACUGGAGGCAGAGGUGGAGAUGACCGAGCUGGAGAAAGGGGUCCAGCUGGGCCGGUACAUCACCAAGAUCACCAUGUUCAUCUCCCAGUACGAGUUCUAGAUCACCAUGUUCAUCUCCCAGUACGAGUUCUAGAUCACCAUGUUCAUCUCCCAGUACGAGUUCUAGAUCACCAUGUUCAUCUCCCAGUACGAGUUCUAGAUCACCAUGUUCAUCUCCCAGUACGAGUUCUAGAUCACCAUGUUCAUCUCCCAGUACGAGUUCUAGAUCACCAUGUUCAUCUCCCAGUACGAGUUCUAGAUCACCAUGUUCAUCUCCCAGUACGAGUUCUAGAUCACCAUGUUCAUCUCCCAGUACGAGUUCUAGAUCACCAUGUUCAUCUCCCAGUACGAGUUCUAGAUCACCAUGUUCAUCUCCCAGUACGAGUUCUAGAUCACCAUGUUCAUCUCCCAGUACGAGUUCUAGAUCACCAUGUUCAUCUCCCAGUACGAGUUCUAGAUCACCAUGUUCAUCUCCCAGUACGAGUUCUAGAUCACCAUGUUCAUCUCCCAGUACGAGUUCUAGAUCACCAUGUUCAUCUCCCAGUACGAGUUCUAGAUCACCAUGUUCAUCUCCCAGUACGAGUUCUAGAUCACCAUGUUCAUCUCCCAGUACGAGUUCUAGAUCACCAUGUUCAUCUCCCAGUACGAGUUCUAGAUCACCAUGUUCAUCUCCCAGUACGAGUUCUAGAUCACCAUGUUCAUCUCCCAGUACGAGUUCUAGAGAGGGAGGGAUGUAGAGGGAGGAAAGAAGAGGGAGGCCAGCUGGAGUUGGA